UUUGUCAUUUACUUUGACACUUUAGUAAUUUGGGCUAUUUUUUAAUUUUUAUUAUCCCUUCUUUUUGGGAAUUUUCUCAAUAUUCCUAUCAAAAAUGUCGGCUUUAGCGAGAAAUAUUCGCAAUUUAUCCAGAACCGCCUCGUAUCUACGAUGCUUUUCGACCAGAUCCACAAUUUUAGCUGUAAAUAAAUUAAAUCUUCAACCCAGGCUUCAAAAUAAGGGAGUUUUGGCCACCACUGUCCAGAGACUCUCGUCCCCUCAUGAGCGAAGUUACAGUGCUAAACCGCCACUGACUUUAAACCUUAUAUCUGACAGAGUACUGUUAGUUUUAAAACUGUUUGAUAAAGUCAAUCCCGAUAAGCUCACAUUGGAAUCACAUUUCAUCAAUGAUUUAGGAUUAGACAGUUUGGACCAUGUAGAAGUAAUAAUGGCGAUUGAAGACGAAUUCGGCUUCGAAAUUCCUGAUAUUGAUGCAGAAAGGCUACUGAGGCCUGCAGAUAUUGUUAGGUAUGUUGCUGAUAAAGAAGAUAUUUAUGAAUAAAAUUUCCUAGCUGCAACCUAAUUUAGAGUAUCUUUAAAUUUUGUUUAUGUUAGGAAUCUAAUUAUAAUUAUUGUAAAGUCUUAUUAAUUAGCAGACCAGUUAGGGUUUGUUUUUAUUUUUGGUGAACCCAGCUAUGAAAUGAUAUGCCUGAAAGCUCUGAAGUUUUGUUAAAAUAAAAAUUUUAAAGACCCACAA